UCCAUCCCAUCUUCCUCCGUCCAUUAUCUUCGAAAGAAUGAGAACAAAAUUCCUCCUCCCUCCUCCUCCUUCUCCUCUCACGUCACUCACUCACCCAAUUCUCACCUCUCGCUAGCUUGACCUCUCCAAUUGCUCUAUAAAACAAAUAGCUCGUUCCUUCCCGAGCUCUACUCUCACUGUUAUUCAUUCAUUGUUCGAUUACCCCUCCUUGGUGUAAAGCAAGCAAUCAACCCAUAUCCUCAGCACACCGCGCGUUUUUCAUUUUGCAAUAAUGCCUUUGAUCAGCACGACGGAAAUCAGCGAGGACACUCGUGUCCUAGGAUAUGAUCCCCUUCUCUCCCCCCAGUUUCUGCAGACCGAGAUCCCUGCUCCUGCCCGCGCACUAGAGGCUGUCCGCGCCGGCCGCAACCAGGCCAUUGAGAUUAUUGAGCAGCGAGAUGACCGUCUUCUCGUGGUUGUCGGCCCUUGCUCCAUCCACGACCCUGAGACGGCUCUGGAGUAUGCUCGUCGUCUCAAGGAGCUCUCUGAGAAGCUCUCUGGUGAUCUCUGUGUGAUCAUGCGUGCCUACCUUGAGAAGCCUCGCACCACUGUCGGCUGGAAGGGAUUGAUCAACGAUCCCGAUAUUGAUGAAACCUACAACAUCAACAAGGGUCUUCGUGUCUCCCGUCGUCUCUAUGCGGAUCUGACCAGCAUGGGCUUGCCUAUUGCCAGUGAGAUGUUAGAUACCAUCUCCCCCCAGUACCUUGCCGAUCUUAUUUCUCUCGGAGCUAUUGGUGCCCGUACUACCGAGUCCCAGCUGCACCGUGAGCUCGCCUCUGGCCUUAGUUUCCCUAUCGGCUACAAGAACGGUACUGACGGCAACCUGACCGUGGCUAUUGACGCUAUUGGUGCCGCCGCCCACCCCCACCGCUUUUUGGGUGUCACCAAGCAGGGUCUGGCUGCCAUCACCAAGACCUCCGGUAACGAGCACGGUUUUGUUAUUCUCCGUGGAGGUAACAAGGGCACCAACUACGACCGUGAAAGCAUCAAGGCUGCUCGCGAGGCCCUGCGUGGCAAGAAGCAGCGCGAAGUCGUCAUGGUUGACUGCUCUCACGGAAACUCCAACAAGAACCAUCGCAACCAGCCCUUGGUCGCAAAGGAAGUCGGUGAUCAGCUCCGUGAGGGUCAGGAUGCUAUUGUUGGUGUCAUGAUCGAGUCGAACAUCAACGAAGGCAACCAGAAGGUGCCCCCGGAGGGUCCCUCCGGCUUGCGUAAAGGUGUUAGUAUCACGGAUGCUUGCAUCGAUUGGGAAACGACUGUUACUGUCCUGGAAGACUUGGCCGAUGCCGUUCGUGCCAGACGUACUGCUAAGGCCAAGGGCACCACUGGUUCUUCUCAAUAAGCCAUGCGAAUGAGUCAACAAUUCAGGCGUGAUCGGUUCCCUUUCGUUUCAUUCAAAACGAUUCUAUUUAGAUACCAUAGCCAGGGCGCUCUUAUUUUCCCUGUUCCUAAUUCGGCGACGAUAAUGAUUUUGUUUAUCUAUCCAUAUUCUUUUCAUUUUCAUUCAUCCAUCUACUUGUCCACAUAUCAAGUGCUGUGAGCUCUUAGCCUCUGGCAUCUUGAUUUUAGGGUCUUGGUUCACGGCGGUAUCAAAAAAAAAAGUUUGGCACAAUCAUCUUGCUUCCUUGACGUUUGUUCGGGGGUUUUUCAAUGGAGCCGGUACUUCGCAGACAAAAUGAAAUCUGCAGACUGACUAAUGGAAU